AUGGAGUUCACGUACGUGAACUCAGAUCACGCAGAAAUGGUGCGAACAAUGUUUACUGAUAGAGAGGGUCGUGUUAUACUCGACCAAAGGACUGAUAGAGAGGGUCGUGUUAGACCAACCGCUUCUGCACGGGCUCAGCGUGCUCAGCGUGAAUUGUGUGGACAACGAAGAUUACAGAAUCAACAAGCAGAACAUGCGCAACCAGAACAGGGGCAAGCAGAAGAGGCCCAAGCGAAUGAGGCCCAACCUGAAGAGGUCCAAGCGGAUGAGGCCCAGCAUGAAGAGGUCCAAGCGGAUGAGGCCCAACCUGAAGCAGAUGACGGAUAUCAUGGUGGUCCGGUUGACAGGUCUGUCCUAAGGACAUACGAGGAUCAUGUUGCGACACGACUAUGGGACGGCGUGGAUCACGGAGAGUUAAGGGUUUUUAGCAAUGGCAACAAAUUAAAACAAGUUGUCAUUGAAAAUCAAGAGGUUGAGGAACUUGUUAAGAGUUCUGGUUUAUAUACAUUGCUAAAAUGCAGCUAUGAGAUGAUCGACAAAUGUCUAAUUUCUGCCUUUGUCGAGAGAUGGCAUCGCGACACCAACAGCUUUCAUCUUCCAAUUGAGGAGAUGACCAUUACUUUGGAUGAUGUCUCUUCCCUGCUGCAUAUACCCAUCACCGGUGCAUUCUUCAGCGUUAAUAUAUUUAACAAGGAUGACGCUGCAGAGUUGUUGGGUGAGCUUCUUGGGGUGAGUCUGGCUGCUGCAUAUACUGAGUUUAACUUGACGCGGACAACCACUGUUCGGUACAGUUGGUUGCUUGACGUAUACUAUCAGCGAUGUGUUGAUCAAUAUUGGCAGAUGGCUGCGAGGGCAUUUCUUUUAUUUUUGGUGGGUUGCACCUUGUUCAACGACAAGAGUGCCUUCAUAGUGAGUGUUGCCUACCUUGAAUGUUUCAGAGACCUCAACUCAUGUGGAGGACAUGCAUGGGGUGCUGCUGCGCUUGCUUACCUAUACGACAAUCUUCGAGAAGCGAGUAUGCAUUAG